AUUUAAAUACAAUUUUGAUAAUAGUAAAAUGUAUUAUGUGAAGUUUUGAAAUUAGACAUGUAAACAAAUGUUAAAAGACUCACUCGUUUCGAUAAAUAUACUUUCUGUAAAAGUGUGUAAAAAUUACAAUAAAAUUACAAUAGUAAAAUGUUUAAAGUCUUACUUGUAACGAUAUGUAUACUUGAUUCAAAUACAAUAAUGAUAAUGGUAUGCUAUUUUAAUUUUCAGUUAAUAUAGUUUCAAAAUUACAGUAUUAAAAUGUUUUAAGUCUUACUUUUUCAAAUAGAUGAGGAGCUUGAUAUUGGAAAUAACCCUUUACACAUUGAGCGUUACCAAAGUGUCCUCUCCAGAGGUUUUGAAAUAGAUAACUCUGUAAGGGUGAACGUAGUUGGGAAUUUUGCACAAGGGAAAACCUCCUUAACACAAUCACUAGUUAGAAAGACUUGUCACUCUGUUCAAAGCACAAAUGGAGUAGAAAUCAAUCACUGCAAAUAUUGUGAAGUAAAUGGUGUUGUGACGUUAUUCCAAACAACUACGCCACAAGAUAUGGACAUUAUCGAUCGCAUUGCUGAAGCCGCUAAGAAUGAGGAGCCAACAGAGAAUACUGGACGUUCUUUAGAUUUUCAAGAACGCGCAUCACAGUCUGAAAAUAUAGAAGUUAUUGACAGUGCAUCACGAAUUUUGUAUAGAAAAACACAAGCGGAAAGCACGGAUAAUACUAGAAAAAAUACAAAAUCAUCUUUGACACCGGAAGAAGUACAGAAAUUUUCGACUCUCCUGAAAUAUAAACAAUUUGCGCGCGGUGUAGAUGGAAAUUUUGAAAUAUGGGAUUUUGCUGGCCAGUUUGUCUUCUAUGCUACUCACACCAUAUUCCACAGCAAUCGCGCUGUGUAUUUAUUGGUGUUUGACUUAUCAAAACCAUUGUCGAUGGUUGUAUUAGAUACUGAAUAUCCUAUGGAAACAGGUGACAAAACAAUGGAAUAUUUCAUUAAGUUUUGGAUGAACUCCAUUCAUUCAUAUGUCGGGUCAGACGACGGUUCAAAUCCGCCGGUUAUUCUUGUCGGAACGCAUAAAGAUAAAUUAUUAGGAACGGAAAAUGAAAAAAAUCAACAUGCAGAAGAAUAUUUUGAAAAAAUAAGAACAUUUUUUGAAAACACACCUGUUCUCAAUCAUAUUCAUACAAAAGAUUUUGUAGUCAAUAGCACUGAUCCCGACGACAAGGAAAUUGAAGAACUGCGAAAUGCAAUAAUACAUAUAAGAGGACAUUCUAAACUCAAAGUUCCUGCAAGAUGGAUAGCCCUUGAAAAAGAAUUAGUACAGAUAAGAUACAAGAAGAUAAUUCCAUUUAGCAAAGUAGUGGAAAUCGAUUCACAAAGUGACUUUCCGCUAAAGGAAGAAGAAGAAAUCAAGUUGUUCCUAUUAUAUCACCACAGGAAAGGCACAUUGUUUUUCUUUGACGAAGAACCGAUAUCACGAUACGUUGUACUAAAUACACAAUUUCUCGUUGAUGCGUUCAGGUGUAUUGUGACAUCAGAGAGAUUUUGCAGAAAAGAGCCACAAUAUCGCAGCCUUUGGAAACUUUUACAAAACGAAGCAAAACUGACAAUAGAGCUAAUUGAGAAAUGUUUUGAUUCCGAUAGUGAGUUAUCCAAAUUUAAGAAUGAAAUUUUGAUGUUUAUGCAAAGGCAUUACAUUAUAUCUGAAGUUUCAGGUUUCGACGAGAAAACUGGGAAAUCUAAUCCUCUCGGUUGGUUUAUUGUCCCUAUUUUUCUAAGAAACCACAGUGAUAACAAGACACUUAAAGAGUUCCUUUCAGGAAAGAAGCAGACAUCUUUAAGGUUUCUGAUGGCAUUUCAAUACUCCCCUGUUGUACAAAUUGUAUACUGUCGUCUUAUUGCCGCUAUGGUAGCAAGGUGGCCAGUUGUCCAAAUAGGCGUAUCACAACAAAAAAAGGAAUUCAUGCUGUACGAAAAUUUAGGAGUCUUUAGAUUGGACAGCCAAAAUGCUGGAGCUGUUGAACUACAACAAAACAGAAUUGAAAUGCGUGUCAUUAGCCUUUGCACAUCUCGAAAUGUUAACAACAUUACAGCAGACAAGUUCAGACGCUUUGCAGAGUCAGUGGUCACCAGUGAAUUCAAUAAACUGCGAGAUUCAUCGACUCUUCAAGGUAAGCCGUUCCAGACAUGUUUUAGCUGCAACGAUGAACGCCAUGGUCUAAUUGGAGGCCAAACAAUCUUCCCAUUUGAAACCAUUGAUGGCAAAAGCAUUGAACCCUGCCUUGAUAUGCCUGCCAAUCAUGAUAUUCACGCACCGCAGGCACUUUCUGAAUGGUUUAAAGACAUCUCUACGAUAGGACUUUCAGAGGACUGUCAGUUUGAUAAAAAAAAAUUGAGCGAAAUAGCACAAUUAAUUGGAUACAGCUGGGAGCUUCUUGGGGCUAAACUUGGUCUGAGCAAUGCAGAAAUCAAUCAAGUGUCAAUGGACAAUCAAACUAGCAGUAUGCGGAUCUACAAUAUGCUGCUUAAAUGGGUAGCUAAGCAGCAGGAAAAUGCCACCGUCAAUACUCUUAUUCAAGCUAUGCAAUCAACCAAGUCGCUUACCGUUGAAUGGGAUGAAGUGAUGAAUAUUGUUGAGCAAAUACAAUCCACACGAGAAAUUAUCACACAUCUUUGAAUGUGUCCUCUGUGAUCAACAUUCCAAAUCGACGUAAUACUUUAACAAUACCGCCGCGUAACAUAUUUGCAAAUGCAGCAUUAACUGAUUUAACUAUACGCUUUUUUCUAUUACAAUUUAUUGUUCAAGAUCAAGAAGUUUUUACGUUCCAUUGUCGGAGUUAAGGAACUGAAGAUCCAUAUAGGAAAACAACAUGUUGUUGAAAUUCAACAUUUAUAAAAACCAAUGUGAUAAAAGCAUAUUUUUUCUUUGUAAUUGGUUUUCACAUAUUUUGAUACCUAUAAAAACUUACAAGGAAAGUUACACUAGCAUAAACGAAUAGAGUUCUAGUUAUUAUGGAACAAAAUUAGUUUACUUGUGAAGAAACAACGACAUUGAAAACAUUGAGAAUGAUGUACAAUAUAAAUACUUACGGACAUUGCCUAAAAUACACACAAAAUACACGCAAGUCAUGAAGCACUAAUAUGACGGUAAGAAAACCUUACUUUAUGUUAGGGACAAAGACGGUACCGGACUUUUUUUCUUGUUGGAUCCCAUCUGUGAUGUACAUUAUCUAACGUUUUUAUCCGAUACUGCUCUGGGCAUGAAAAAAAAUAUAUGCACCUUUCAGUCAUAAACUUUAUUCAGUAAACUAUUCUUAUAGUCAACUCACAUUCAAAAUUUUCAUUUUUUGUCAUUAUAUCAGAAGCUCCUUGCAUAUAAGAAAUGUGUUCCUUAUAGCAGACGCUUUCAUUGGGAACAAAAUCAUUUAUAAUAAAUUUAAUUUUUAUAAUCAUCUUCCUUUCUGAUGAAGAUAUGUUUUUAUAUCAUCUGAGAUGAUUGCUAUCUCAUUCUCAUAACUUUGUUUACACAUAGAAAAUACGUAUUAAUUUAUUCGACUGUUACUUUGAAAUGACUAACUUGAUGCACAAAAUGUAUUCAUAAAACAAAGCCACUUAAAAUGAAUGAGUUAUAUUUUUUAAAAAUACAAAUACAUAUAUAUGAUAAUAUCAACAUGAUAUACAUAGAUAAAUAUCAGUGUUAAAUUUCGGAUAUAUCUUACUGGUAUUUGUCAUAGUUUUCUGCACAUUUGCAAUGUUUUUUUAAGAUAUUUUGCUAUGAACAGCGUCGUCAGUCUAUAUAUAUUGCAACAGAUUGUUAAGUUUCCUUGCGUUUAUUUCUCUACUAUUUAUUGUUUUCUUAAAUAUGAGGGAACUUCACUUUUUAUAUGCUUCCAACUUCAGCACAGUGUUUAUUUGUUUCAUUUUUUUAUUAAUGUGACAUAAUGCUUAUUCAAAUGGAAUACAAAAGUUUAAAGAUAAAUUGAAUAAACAUUUAAACUCAAUAUUUGAUAACAUAGAAUGAAUAUGAAGUAACAAUGUACUAAUUUUCAAUGCUGACUAUGGCAAAUCUGUUCACAAUUAGUAAAUACAUGUAUGGAAAUGAUUUAUUUGAAACGUUAACAGCCAACUCUAUCUGUUUUAUGUAUCAAAAUGAUUGAACUCAAUUUAAAUGACAUUUUAAAGCAAUCUUUGUUGUGAGUAGUUUAUUUUGAUGAGUGUUUAAUGUGUAAUCAUUUUUUCACUUUGACAAAGGUUUUUGUUUAUAUGCUUGUACAUAGCUAGCACAUAUUGUAAUUUGGCAUAAUUUAGUAUUAUACAGUUGCAUUAUUUGUCGAGGUCAAUGUAUAUGUAGAUUUAUUUGUUACUCGAUUUAAUCUCACUAAAAGUCACUGUUCAAAUUCGAAGAAAUAUUCACUCACCACAGCAUAGGUUUUGAAAAUAAGAUAUUAUGUUGAACACCUAGCUUUUAGAUUUUUUAAAGUGAAACAAAUUAAAAACAUAAUUUUACCAAGAUUUUUUUUUAAUCUAACAAAUCCCAAAAAUUAAUAUGCGCCAAUUUUAAACUGAUCGGAUGAGGGUUUAGUUCCCGAGAUAUACAUAAUUGUUCAUUUUAUUGUAUGUUUAUAUUUAUUUACAACUCCUAGGUUUCAAUAGAGACAGUGUUUUGUUAUUUCUGAUUGAAUAAUGCGGAAAAAUAUGCUAUAAUAUUUGUAAAGUGUUUUGUCCCUUAAAGCAUUUUUUUGUAAAAAAAUACGAGUGUCCAUUAGAUAACUUUUGAAGGAUUUCAAUUAUUCUCCUUUUAUUUAAUAUAUAGAUUUGUUACUUGACUGACUUUAUAUAAGUAUAGGGAAGAGAUGUUUGAAUAAAUGCUAAUUAAAAAAAAGUUUUGUAAUUUUAGAAAAGAUAUGUAUCACCACUUAUACGAUACUUGAUAUACUGCUGUUCACAAUUUAUUUUUGUAUUGAUUGUUUUCUGUAAGGUAAAUAAACAUACUAUUAUUUACUUUAUGCGUUAUAAAACCUUAACUACUUAGUCUUUGUAUCCAUCCUGCAGUCUGACCAAACACUGUACUGCUUUGUAUCAUUGCUACGCUUAAGUGGAUCUAUCGUUAUUUUUUGUUUGACGAAUGGAAAAAAAUGUAAAUUCAUAAUCAUAAAUUGCUUAUUGGUUUUUAAUCAAUCAUUUGUUAUGUAUUUUUGCGGUUUAACACGAGUAUAACCCACUUAUAGGGAAGAGAUGUAUAAAAAGUUUUUUUUAAAGUAUUAUAAUUAAUUUUUGUCUGAGAAGAAAAAGUUAUUUCUCACCACUGAUACGAUGAUUGAUGUACUGUUGAUCACAUUUUUAUUUCUGUACUGAUUGUUAUCUGUAAGAUCGUUUUAAUGUUUGAAUAAACAGGCUACUAUUUACAUUAUACAGUUUUUAGUCUUAACUUGCUAACAAAACUAAUUAGUCUCUGUAUCCAGCCUGCAGUCCGCCCAAACUCUGUACUGUUUUAUAUCUGUACUGUUUUAUACCUUAAAUUGUGAGGAAUUAAUUAUGUCAUUUUGCACAAAUACGUCUAAUGAUUGAAAAUUAAAGUACCUAUGCAGGACAAAUGUUGUAUUGGCUUCUUUAUUUUUUAUAUUUUUCUUGUAUAAAAUGUUUUAAACUUUUCCUUAUAUUCCAAUCAAUUGUUAAUUCUUAAAAGUAAGUUGUUUCAUGUUUGUUUGUCUAUUAUAGAUGUAGAUUGAAUUUGUAUAUUGUGUGUUAUUUCGAAAUACAUAACACGUUUGAUUGUGUAAGUGUAAGCUCAAAAUAAAUAAAUAUUUUCAA